AUGCGUUAUUCUCUUGCUCUGCUUGCCGGUCUGGCGGGCUCGUCCCUAGCCUACCCGGCUGAAGUUUCUAACGAGCGCCGUACUUUCGGUCUCGUUGCCGAUAUCCUUGGUAACGUUGGUUCGGAGGUUGGCUCCAUCCUCAACACCGUUCUGGGUGGUCACGGCCACGCUAGUGCUAGUGCCCACGCCAGUGGCUCCGUUAGCCUGCUCGCUGGUCUGAGUGCUCGCGGUGCUGCUGCCCUCGAGGGUGGUGCUCUUGGAUGCAGCCAUUCUACCAUUCAUGCCGGUGCCCGUGGUGAGCUGAAGACCUGGUUGUCCAGCCAAACCCACAUCACCGGAUCCCUGAAGACCUCCCUCUUGUCUUGGUGUGAGGGCCACAUUAGCACUCUGGAUGCUGGUGUCACUGCCGGCCUCGCUGUCUACAUCCCGACUUGUGCCGACCUCGCCGCCAAGGAAUCCAUCUACGUUACCAUCGAUGGUAUCUUCGAAGCCUCUAGCCUCGAGUCCACCCUUAUUCUCAGCGCUUCUGCUCAGACUUCCCUUACUGCUUUCAUCUCCGCCAACGCCGACCUGGAUGUCGAUGUCAAGGCCGGUCUCCACCUUUGCGCUGCUGGUGGUAUUGUUGGCAGCUUGAGUGCCGACAUCAAGGCUUCCCUUCUCACCUGGAUUCAGGGCUCUGACUGCGGUCUCGGUGCCACCCUGAAGGCCUCCGUUCUUGCCUGGAUUAAGGGCGAGGCCGGUGCUGACCUCGUUGCCAUUGGCUCUGUCUCUACCGAUGCUCUUACUUCCCUCUCCGUUGGUGCCUCCGUUGAGGUCCUCGUCGAGGAGUCUGGUAUCCUUUCUACCUCUGCCCUUGCCUCUAUCGCCGCUUUCCUCGAGGCUGAUGUCUCGGUUGACAUUGACGUGAACGUUCGUGCUGCUCUCAAGGCCUGUGCCGAGGGCAAGCUUGCCUCUGCCCUUAGCGUUGAUCUCCGUACUUCCCUGGCUGUCUGGCUGUCUGGCUCUGACUGCACUCUCGGUGUUGAACUGAAGGCCGUUAUCCUGCUCUGGCUGUCCGUUGCUGUUACUGCUGAGGCCUCCGUCGGUGUCGUCUCUGGUCUCGUCGUUGAUAUCACCUCUUUCCUGACUGAGGAGAUCAUCUCUCUCCUCUCCGUCAACCUCCGUGGUGCUCUUGCCCUCCUCGAGGCUGGUGAGAGCCUGACCCUGCUUUCCUGGGAGGCUCGUGCUGAGCUCGCUGCCUUCCUCGGUGGCUGCACCAGCAUUGACAUCAGCGUUUCCAUCGAGGUUAUCAUCAUCGAGUGGUUCACCGGCUGCAGCAUUGGCUCCGGCUCCGGCUCUUCUCCUUCCGGCUCUGCCUCUGUCCCUAGCCUGCCCUCUGCCACUGCCUCCAUCGUGCCCAGCGGCCCUGCUGCCUCCGGCUCCGUUCCCUCUGGACCUGCUGCCACUGGCUCCGUUCCCUCCGGCCCUGCUGCUUCCGGCUCCGUUCCUUCCGGCCCUGCUCCCUCUGGCCCUGCUGGCUCCGGCUCUGUUCCUUCCGGCCCUGCUGCCACUGGCUCCGUUCCUUCCGGUGCUUCGCCCACUGGUUCCGGCGCCGCUCCCUCCGGCCCUGCUGCCACUGGCCCUGCUCCCUCCGGCCCUGCUGCCACUGGCCCUGCUCCCUCCGGCCCUGUUGCCUCCGGCUCUGUGCCCGCUGGCCCUGCUCCUUCCGGCCCUGCUGCCUCCGGCUCUGUGCCCUCUGGCCCUGCUCCUUCCGGUCCUGCUGCCUCUGGCUCUGUUCCUUCCGGCCCUGCUCCUUCUGGACCUGCUGCCACUGGCUCCGUUCCCUCUGGCCCUGCUCCCUCUGGCCCUGCUGCCUCUGGCUCUGUUCCUUCCGGCCCUGCUCCUUCUGGACCUGCUGCCACUGGCUCCGUUCCCUCCGGCCCUGCUGCCACUGGCCCUGCUCCCUCUGGACCUGCUCCCUCUGGACCUGCUGCCUCCGGCUCUGUCUCGGUCCCUGCCGGCCCUGCCCCUACCGAGACUGUUGUUAUGAGCACCCCCUGCGCUGGCGGAGCCGGUGCCGGUGAGACUGAGACCAUCAGCUACAGCACUGCCUUCACCGAGACCCUUGUCGGCACUGGUGCCGUCGGUUACACCUCGACCCUCAUCUACAGCACUGCCUACACCGAGACCAUCCACUACACUGAGACCGUCUCCGCUCCCGCUGUCACUGUCGCCCCCUCUGGCGUCUCUCCCGAGGGCUCCGGUGCCAUCACCACCGUCUACGUCACCCAGACCGCUACCGUCUGCGGAUGCGAGUAA